ACCACGUCCUGUUGGCCACGGCUCCUCUGUGUUUUCCAUCUGGUCCGCAGACAUUUCUUCUAAAAACCUGUUUCUUUUUUUUAACUGCGUCGCUUUCUAAUAUUCAGGAAACUUUGCUGCACGCGUCCCGAGGAGUUUUACUGCGACACGUCUGUGCGGAGGUCCCGGUGUUUGCUCUGGCGGGCUCCAGCGUUAGCCUGUAGCUCCAAACCCGCCGCUCUGAACCGCGAUGACAGUGGACAGAGUUUUUCUUUCUGCGUAUUUCGACUGUUGACCCAAACCGGAGAUCCUCCGUUCGACAUGGCGAGCGAAAACACCGACACCAACGCGGGGAACGACGAGGAAACCGGCCCUCCAUCCGAGACAAACGAGCACGAUUAUGCCCACACCGCGGAUAGUAACUUCACUCCCACAGAGGCGUCCACUUUCUCCGGUGCGCUGCCGGGCGAUGGCGGAGUCACCGCGCAGGAAAGCUUUACUGCACCGGCUGAACAGGAGCAGAGCACGUCGGGGCAGCACGCCGCCUCUCUGCCGGUAGAGCUUCCCGAACCCGCCGUGGGUGCGGAGGUGGAUUGCCCCGGUGGAAAUGAUGUGGAAGCGCCUUCGCCGCCACCACAGACCGACGAGGACGCCCAGAAGACCGCAGCAUCUGAACUUGCCACUACCGCCUCCCCCGCCAUGCAGCGAUGUGGCCGCCGGCGUCCCAAGCGGCCGGAGGACAGGAACUGCUCCUGCUGCAAGUGUGAGUUUGAGCGGCAGGGUCGAAGCUUCAACCGGAGGGCGGUGUACACCUUCACCACCCCGGAGACUGUGCACUGGGCCUUCCCGGAAUCCGUGGUGCAUGAGAAGUCCUUCCUAUGCGAGACCUGUGCGCAGGUCAUCCGGAGCAAAUGCAAGCGCAAACAGACCGGGAAGCGGUCUCUGUGGCUGAAACCGCCUGCCCCUAAACAGUCAGAUGGGAGAGACAAGAAGAAGAAAGGCCGCAGGAUGGGCAAGAAGAGCAAAGCAGCUUUGCUGGUCAGCAAGUCCUGCUACAAGGCUGCUUUCAAAAUGCUCUGGUCCGCUAAAGGUGCCAGGAAGCCCAUGAUGGAGUUCUGGAGUAAGCAGUUAAAAGAGGAGAUGAAGGUGCUGUCGCGGCAGGCAGAUAGUCCCUUUCAUCAGAAGGUGUCUAACAGGAAGCCGCUGUCGUCCUUCCCCUGGCGACGAUGUCUGAACUGGGCCCAGGACAAAGCUCCACUUGUCCUCACCUGCCUCCGCUCGCUCUUCCCCAACAUCAACGCCCUCUCCAAGAGCAGCCACCAGCUGUCAGAGGAACAGGCCCAAACACUGUUAGAGCGCCGGGCUGUGGUGGCACUCUCCAUCCCGCUCUUCACCAGGAACAUCUGGAAGAACAAUUUCCUGCAGGCUGCUCUGGGGGCUGAGCUCCGACUGCAGGGCUGCUCCGGCUCCGCCCUCGACGCCCUCAACACCAUGGGACUGUGUCAAAACAAAGACACUGUCAGGUUACUGCUGCACAGGCUCCGCAACGGCAAGAAGACUCCAACACAGAACGGACGUCAAAGGAUGAAGCUGAAACAAGAACAGAUGAAAGGAGAACAGAUGACAGAUGUGGAGGAAGAGGAUAUUGAGGAGGAGGAGGAGGAGGAAGAAGAAGAGGAGGAAGAGGAGGAGGAGGAGGAAGUAGAGGAUGACGAGGAAGAUGAGGAUGACGAGGAAGAGGCGGAGGAAAUGGAGGUAGCAGUAGAGGAGGAAGAAGUGGAAGAGGAGGAGGUGCAGGACGGAGUGCAAGAGGAAGAAGAAGAGGAUGAUCAAGUAGCAGAGGAAAAAGAAGAGAAGAAGAGGAGGAAGAAGAUGAGAGACCGUCAGCAGGAAUCUGUUCUGUUGUUAGUCUUUGUCCAGCUGCUGGAUGAUGGAGAUCUGAUGUUCAGCCAGCUGAACCACCGCGAGUCUGAUCCCCGCUGGUUCCUGUAA